UCGUCGAAUGAUGACUGAACAAACAGAAACAGUAUCGUCAUUGUUUUUAGAGGCCGAUGUAACAGUACGACGAUAUGGUCGACAUCGAGAAAUACGGAUGUGGUUAUGUUGCAACUAAUCACUAGAAGCUUCUUAUUCUAAGGUAACUAAUGUCAUGAAUUAGUGCUAUCAAAGGUGUCAUCGUCAUGAAAAAAAUUAGUAAAUCAGUGUACUCUAAAAAAACUCGCAACGAGGUUGCACAAGUUUUGCUACGUGAUGGUGGAGGUAGCAGCAGUUCGACUCGCAUACGACCUCGAUCGAAUUCAUUUUCAUUACCAUCGACUAGGCCUAGCUUUAAUGAUGAUGAUGGUGAAACAAAUACAACUGUUUGCGUCUUUCCAAAGGAACAUUCGCAAGAUGUAAUUGUCAAGCAAACGCCACUCAAAAGUAUUAGACGAAAGCUUACUUCAAAAUUUUCGAAAAUUCGUCAAAGAAACCAACAAGAAACAAGCAUCGGUGAGGGACAGCUACCCGGAAGUUCCGGAAAGAAACAACAUGCCUCGACAAAGUACGAAAAGGACUCUCGUUUUGAAAAUGAAUAUAGCAUUAACAGCACACACGGUAAGGAGUCAAUUGAUAGACAGAUACUAGGUUAUCGUCUGUCAAAAUCCGAAGAGGCAUUAGACUAUUGUGUAGUAUCAGAUGAAGUUAAAUUACCAGAAAAUUGCUAUGUUUACAAAGAUGAAAAUUGUACAACACCAGCUGAUGCAAGGCAAGCUCCCCCUGUUCCGCCAAGAGCUCCUAAGCCUAGGGUGGAAGGAGUUUUGUAUAAUGAUAACGAUGAUAACCAAGAACCACCCAGACCACCAGCUAGACCAAAAAAUCGUGCCAUGGGGCCACUUCCUCCUCACCUAGAAAGAUCCUUUCGUUCAAUCUCAGUUAAUGGGGUUUCUGAUAACCGUGCAACAGUGUACGAAAACCCUGGCGAUAAAGUACGGAAUUCAAAAUGUUCUUUAGGUAUUGGAGCUGAACUUUUGAAACUGCCUAGGCAACCCUGGUACUGGGGUCCAUUAAGGCAACAUGAAGCAGAGGAAAAAUUGAAAAAUAUGCCUGAUGGUAUGUUUCUUGUUCGAGACAGCUCUGACGAUCGAUACCUGUUGAGCCUUAGUUUUAAUUCCAAUGGACGGACUCUUCAUACACGCAUUGAAUAUCGCAGUGGACUGUUUAGUUUAAAUGAUUCUGAGGGGUAUCCCUCAAUAAUAACAUUGAUAGAAAAUGCAGUACGUGAGUCAAAAGACGGUGUAUUUGGUUACAUGCGAGACUUCAAUGGUGUACAAUCUUUUCCAGCAAAAUUGACGUGUUGGGUAUCUCGAUUUAAAGAAGUUCGCAGUCUGCAAUAUCUUUGCAGGUUUGUCAUCCGAGAAAGGUAUGCCCGUCACGUCAUUCCAAAGUUACCAAUUCCUUCGACUAUCAAACAUUAUGUUCUGGAAAAUCAGUAUUGAAGUCACUAUCUAGCAAGUUUUUCCUGCAAGUAGUACAAUAUGUUGAUCAUAUUUAAACUCAAAAUAAAUUGAUGCAUGCUGCUAUUAUUUACUCAAUAAUUUACAUUUUAAGUCUUGAAAUGUUAUGCCAGGAAUACAUUAUACUUUUGUGAAACAUGGAAAAAUAUACUGUAUUGUGUGACUUUCAACAGAUUUGUUGUCAUCUACAGUAUGUCUGAAAUGUACAUCAAAUAAAUUGACAGUGAAUCUAAGGGACAAAAUGUAUGCUGGAAAGUUGAUGAUAAUGUUGUUUGGCUUUAAAUAUCAUUACAUUGGCGUUAGUUCUGUAGAAUCGAUCUGAUGAAGUCAAUCUCUUAUGAUUUGUUAAAAUUAAUUGUAUGUUUUCAUAAUAAUGGCAAAUGUAUUACAUUACUUAGUUUGAACUUAAAUCUUCUAUUAUCUGAUACAAUAAUGCUGUCCAUAAUAUUGUUGUAAUUGUUAUGAUCAUCAUCAUGAUCGUAUCAUCAUCACCACAAUACACAUAAUAAUAAUAAUAAUAAUAAUAAUAAUAACAAUAAUAACUUGUAUAUUGUCGUAAUUGUUAUGGAUCAUCAUCAUGAUUCUCAUAGUCAUAUCAUCGUCAUCACAACAAUACACUGGUUGACCAGUAAGAAAGAGGUGUAUUGUCCAAAAUUUUUUAAUUUCUUGUUUGCCAUUGCUGUAAAGUACAUACUGUGUAUUGAAUAUUAUUAUCCCCGAAAGUACAGCUUAUUUUUAACAUGAAACUAAAAAAGAUAUGGUAUUUGUAAUACUGAUACAGUAUAAAAAUAGUGUACAGUAUAAGGUACAGUUAAAAAAAAAUUUGAUUGUCUUGUUUCAUACUAAUUCUUACUUAGCUGAUUUUCAGUCAUAUAUUCUGGUAUAUUGUGAAUGUGAGAAAAAAUAUGUUCUUGUGAAUGAUAAUAGAUGUACACUAUGUGAUCUAAUAAUUUAAUUGGUAUAAGAAAUCCGAUGACUCAACUCACCGACAUACUGUAUCCUCUUAAUUAUUAAUUCUGUUCUUAACCUAUUCUUAUAAUAGAAUGUUUUCUAAAUUUGAUAGUUAUAUUUUUAUAUGCAAUUUAUGACUUUUCACAUAAUAGAAUGGACAAUUUAUACAAAUUUUAUAUUGAGUGGUGACUAUGCUCUAUAGUAUUUUGCAUUGUAUUACAUUUAGUACCAGAGUAUCAUAGUAAAAUUUAAAUUUGAAAAACAGAUGAAUAACGUGUUUGUUUUAAGAUGAAUUUUCACAAGAUAAUUAUUUUAAAAAUUGAGUGGUUGUACAGUAUGCUUAUCAUUUGGCCGAUAAAAUUACCAAAUAUAAUAAUAAUAAUAAUAAUAAUAAUAAUAAUAAUAAUAAUAUUGUUAUUAAAUUCCAUGUUAUUCUCCAAAAUAUCUGUAAAGUGAGGCCAUUACAUUGAAUUGUGUAAUUAUGGAUUACUUAAUCAAUAUGCUGUUGCCUAUUGACAAAUAAUGUCAUGUAUAUUAUUGUUUCUAUAUUGUUAAUAUAUUUAUAUUAUAGGAUUUUAUUAAUUUAUUUAAUUAGACUGUUUUCUGUUUUGCUUUGUAAUAAUCCUGCAUUUAUUUGACACAGGAUCAAACCUAUUGACUUGAUAAUCGUUUUGAUAAAUCAGAUCAACUCAAAUCACUUGUCACAGCAGAUUAAUUAAAAUAAAUUUGAUCUGUUACCAGGUGAAUAAAAAUCAGUUUUGUAGUCCAUAUCAAUCGAAAUCAAAUUUAUUAUCAAUUAUAAUCCAUUAAAAAUAAUUUUACUGAAUCAUGUCAAUCAAAAUCAAUUAAAUAAAUCAAUGAUUUAGAUCAAUUCAAAUCAAUUUGAUGGUUUUAUUGACUUAUCAAUUCAAAUCAUCAGUUAUGUGAAAAGCAAUUAAUUUUUUAUUUUAUUCUAUUACGGUAUAAGAUGUUCAAAAAAUGAUAGCACAAGGCUAAAACUUGUUUGUGUUUUGUAUGAUGUGUUUAUGUUUUUAAAUGAAAAUGUAACUUAAUACCGUAAGCAUUCCUACGAUAGCGGUUCCAAACAUUGUCAUAACUUUGUAAAUGUUAAUAGGAAAACAUUGUAAAUAGAGUAAACUGUGAUUCUUAGUUUUUCAACUCAACUCAAUAAUGCUUAAUAGAAACACAGUUACUUUGUUAGUUUAACCAUGUUCUGAAAUUCUGAUAUUAAUUGAGCACUUGUUAGUUAGCUCUCUAUAUUGUAACUCUGUGUUUUUCACUAUCCUUUGCUGAUAUAUCUAUUUUAUUAUUAUCAACUAUCAUUUAAAAAUACAAUUUUAAGGUACUAACAAAUCAUAAUUAAGAUCAUUAUUAUAAUAUUUAACUGAGAGAUGAAUUUACUUAAUAACAAGUUUGACUGAAAUUUUAAUGAAUUCAGAUUGUAAGCAUAAAUUACAGGUUGAGCAUUAAAACUGAAACAAAUUAUGAAAAGAACCAGUAACUUUGCAACUGUAAGAUAAAGCUAUCAUCAGGCAGUUAUAUUAUUCAUUAAAAAAAUCAAAUUCCAAAACAUA